UUUAUCUUCUUUACAUAUAUUUUCAUUAAUAUCCCGAAGCUGAUAAAAACGCUAUUCACCGACGCUAACUCCUUUCCCCACUCCUCUCCCGGGGAGGUUAGAGUGGGUGUGGUCUACCCCUUCACCCCUUUUUUCUUCCGUUUAGUCACCAGCAGGCGGGGUAGCGAAGGGCUCAAUUUCCAAACAAAAUUAAGAGUAGACAAGUUUUAUAUGGUGGUGUAAAUGGAGAAGACCAAUUUUAUAUAUAUAUUCACCACUUUUACUUAGAUGA